CGUACUUUCCCCAUACGGCAUGCAUCAACGCACGUCAUGAAUGUUGCAUCGAUGACGAGCCGCACUGACUCCGAUUAGUAAAACACGUACAAGAGACGAACCUCACUCCAACAGUUCAUUCUGUCCCUCAUCUGUUCUCACUGUUGUCCACAAAACUAUCAAUACACAACCGAUCAUCAUGCUUCUCGACGUGAAGGCAGCUCAACGCCUCGACUCUCGGGGAAACCCAACCGUCCAAGUGGAGGUCAGGACCGCCCAUGGUACGUCUCUAACCUCUAUUAACUUCCCGAAAAGCCCUAUCUAUGAACCAGCGGACCUGACCACUGUCCCUCCAGGAACUUUCCGCGCCCUCGUCCCUUCCGGUGCUUCAACCGGAGUCCACGAAGCCGUCGAACUCCGCGACAAUGACCAACGCAAGUACGGGGGAAAGGGGGUCCUUACCGCCGUCAACAAUGUCAACGAGAUCAUCGGCCCGGCCCUGGUCAAAGAGGGCUACGGUCCCCGUCGCGACCUGAAGCAGAUCGACGGCUUCAUGAUUGAACUGGACGGGACUCCGAACAAAGCCAAGCUGGGUGCGAACGCCAUUUUGGGAGUGAGCAUGGCUUGUGCUAGGGCUGGGGCUGCUGCUGCGAACAUCCCGCUCUACGAGUUCCUCCGUCGCGAAAGCGGUCAGGAAUCCCCCUACAUGAUGCCCGUCCCGUUCUUCAACUUCUUGAACGGAGGCAAACGCUCCGGAAACGGCAUGGCGUUCCAGGAAUUCAUGAUUGCUCCGACCGGCGCGAAGACAAUUGAGGAGGGGAUUCGCAUGGCGUCUGAGACGUAUCAUGUGCUGGAGCAGAUUAUUGCUGAUAGGUUUGGGGCCAUUUACACAGGCAUGGGCGACGAAGGCGGUUUUGCCCCUCCUAUCACCCAACCCGAAGAAGCCCUCGACUUGCUCACCGAGGCUGUGGCCAAAGCUGGGUACACAGAUAAGAUCAAGUUCGGUAUCGACCCGGCUUCGUCCGAGUUCUUCAACUCGAAAUAUGGGACUUACGACCUCGGUUUCAAGAGAAUAAAAGAGGGCGAAUCACAUUCGGACGAUGUCAGGACCCCGAGUGAGAUGAUGGACCUGUACAAUUCCCUCAUCAGGAGAUAUCCGAUCCCGCUGCUCGAAGAUCCCUUCGCCGAGGACGAUUGGGAAUCGUGGAGCAAGUCUUGCAAGGACUGGUAUUUUGAGGAGCUGGUGGGGGAUGCUUUGCUGGUGACGAAUGUGGAGAGGGUCAGGAUUGCCGAGAGCAGGAUGGCGUGUAAUGCGAUGCUGUUGAAGGUUAAUCAGAUUGGGACGGUGACGGAGGCUAUUGCUGCGGCGAAACUAGCCAAGAGCUUAGACUGGGGCGUCUUCGUGUCCCAUCGAUCGGGCGAAACAACCGACGAUUUCAUUGCCGACUUGACCGUCGGACUCGGCACAGGUCAUAUUAAGUCCGGAGCGCCGUGUCGGGGCGAGCGGGUGGCCAAGUAUAAUCGGUUGAUGGAUAUCGAGGCAGAGCUGAAGGAGAGCUGGAAGCCGUGGUCAUAUGCGGGCGAGAAAUUCCGGAAGCCGGAGGCUUUCUUCAUUUGAAGGAUUCUGGGGGAUAAACAGUUUCGGCUUGCUCCGGCAGAGAUGGAACUGCCUGGAUUCAGCCACACUAACACGUAUGCA